AUGCCCCGCACCAGGAAGGACCGGGUGCCUGGGGAGGUGCGGAAGCUUUGGCUGAAGGCCCUGGGCCUGGGCACCGGCCUGGCGCUGGCCGGGCUUCUGCUCUGCAGCCAUCUGGGGACGGACGACAGUGUUGCCGAGGUCCUGGCCCACCGCGGUGAAGUCCUGACAGGAAGGUUCACCGAGGUGCCCUGCUCCGAUGACUACGAUAGCCACCGCCGGUUCGAAGGCUGCACCCCCAGGAAGUGUGGCAGAGGUGUCACAGACGUGGUCAUCUCCAGGGAGGAGGCAGAGCGCAUCCGCAGUGUGGCGGAGAAGGGGCUCUCCCUGGGAGGAUCUGACGGAGGGGCAUCCAUCCUGGAUUUGCACUCAGGGGCUCUGUCUUUUGGGAAGCACUUUGUGAAUCUGUACCGAUACUUUGGGGACAAAGUACAAAGUAUCUUCUCUGAAGAAGACUUCCAGUUAUACCGGGACCUGCGUUGGAGGGUCCAGCUCGCCAUCGCCCAGGCCUUUGGCGUCAGUGCCUCCUUGCUGCACCUGACCAGGCCCACCUUCUUCUCCCGCAUCAACAGCACAGAUGCCCGGACGGCCCACGAUGAAUACUGGCACGCACAUGUGGACAAGGAUGCGGCGGGCCCUGGGCCCCGGGCCCCACUGCGCCGCUCCCCUGCCCCCACACUGCCUGCAGACGUGAUAGAAAGAGCUCCUUCUCAUGCCACAAGCAUGGUCACUGUCACCCACAGUCCAGCAGGUGAUCUUGUGCAGGAUGCAGGACUGGGCAGCCCUGAAGGAAGCAGGGAUCUCGUGACCGCAAGACAAGCAACAGCCUUGACAGACCCCAUGGUUCCCGAGACCACGGACCCCACAGCCCCCACGGCUCCUGAGACCACGGACCCCACAGCCCCCACGGCUCCUGAGACCACGGACCUCACAGCUCCCACAGCUCCUGAGACCACAGCUCCCAUGGCUCCCGAGACCACGGACCCCACAGCCCCCACGGCUCCCGAGACCACGGACCCCACAGCCCCCACGGCUCCCGAGACCACGGACCCCACAGUGACAUUGAGGGUUCCAGAAAGCACGGUCACCCGGGCCUGUUCCUUGGUCACGGAGCGAGGCUGGGCCUGCGCCCCGAGAUGCUUGGCAGGGUGCGGUCUCCAGCACCCUGGAAGCGCUGUGAGAGGCACUGGCUGCUCAGGGCAGCGGUCUGUGUCUGUGGGUGGUUGCUGCCCUGUUCUUGGAGGUCCUGGCCAUGGCUGUGGCCUGGGGGUCACCUCUUUCUCCUCCCUCCCUCUCGCAGGCCGGGUCUCCUUCUUCACCUCUGGCUCUGAGAACCUCCACCGCGUGGAGAAGGUGCGCUGGGGCACGCGCUAUGCCAUCACCAUCGCCUUCACCUGCAACCCAGACCACGGCAUCGAGGACCCGACACUUCUGUAGUGGGGAGGGGGGCGGGCGCCCCUGGCCCCCAGCAUGAGGCUGCACCCUGGACCAGCCUCGGCCCCUGGCACAGUGCCUUACACUGAUCUGGAGUUGAUUUGCUGACCUUUUAAUCUUUUCAUCUGUGGAUAAAUUAAGGGAUUUGCUU